AUGCAAACCAUCAACGGAGUCAAAUCAAUUCAAGCAAUUCGAAGUUGCGAUUUAGAUGUAUAUUUCAGCCUCAUGAUAGGUGAAUUGGAUGGAGAGCUUGAUAGUGAUUUUCUCAAUGGAAAAACAGGAGAGAAUAAUGCGGCCAUUGAUUUUUCUCUUUCAGCAAAUCAAAACAUGUAUGGCAAUGGGAUUGAAGAUUUCAUUUGUACUCCACUAACGCCGUCGUCAUUGUAUAAACCAAAAUUGGAGGACAUGUAUGUGGAAUGUGGCCUCUAUGUAAAUAAUAGUUUGAUUUGCCCCAAAAUCAAAACGUCCUAUAAACACCAGAGCAAGAACAUCAAAGGAUGGAAAGAGUGGAUAACUUUUCCUGUGAAAUAUUCCGAGUUGUCUUUAAAUACAGUGGUUUGUGUGUCAAUUAUUGACACAUUCUUACCACGAAAACCCAUCGUCGUGGCAAGCUCCACAUAUUCCAUAUUUGAUACAACCACCAAGUUAUUAAGAAGAGGAAAACACAAAUGUGUGUUGUCACCAUUAGUGGGACCAAAUACUUCCACACCUUCACUCACUAAUAUUUAUAAUACUACCGAUUUAAUCACCCGAAUUGAAAUGAAUUUGUACGGAGAUCAUUGGAACGAUGAAAAAUCAAGAUGGCUCAUUAAUGCAUCAUUGAAAGCAGUAAAUAACAUGAGAAGAGAAGGUCUUUUCUCAAGAAAAGGGAUUGCAUUUUUAGAUUUAGAAUUUGUUGAUUUUCCUGAGCCAGUCAUAUUUUAUGAAGGAGAACCUCAAACAGGAAUUCACCGUGAGAUACCUCUUUCCACACUAAACAGUUUCAAACAACAAAACAAGUUCAUUAAUACAGGAGAGCCGUUGAUCAAAUAUUUCGACACCAAAGGAGUUCAAUUUCUAGUAGAUCCUGAAGUUCAAAGAGGCAAGGAAAACCCAUCUGUUACAAAGCAUAUCAAAUUAACCAUGAAAGUUAGUGACAACCAUUUACAUUAUCCAGAUGUCGAAGAUAAGAGAAAAUUGGAAAAUAUUGUAAAAAAGACUCCUCUUCAAGAAAUCACUUCAGAAGAUACUCUCUUAUUGUGGAAAUACAGAAAGUUUCUUCAAGGAGAAAAGCGUAUAGGAGAAAAGGCCUUAACCAAGUUUUUAAGAGUGGUAGAUUGGAGAAAGGAAGAAGAAGCUCGUGAGGCAAUCUCCUUACUUGAUGGAUGGACAAAAAUUGACACAACAGAUGCUCUCUUUUUGUUGAGUAAAUACUUUAAAGGUGUAGAUGCAGUUAGAAACUAUGCCAUUUCUGUACUGAAGGACGUGACCGAUAAGGAACUUCUCUCUGUACUGCUUCAACUUGUACAGGCUCUUAGAUACGAGCACGAUAUGAGAACUUGUACAUUGGCAGAUCUCUUGAUCGAGAGAGCACAAAAAUCAUUCAUUGUUGCAAACGAUUUAUUUUGGUUUUUAACCAUAGCGGCAGAAGAUAAGAUUAUGGGAGAAUUCUAUUCCUCUCUAUUGAGACGAUUUAAGGAACAUUGUAAAACGAAAUGUCCACAAUUUGUCGAUCAAUUUCUACGCCAACAAAAAUUGGUCCGUAACCUGAGUACCAUCUGUCAAACCAUGAAAGAAGGGUCUCGAGAUCAAACUAAACUGUUAAUGUUGAAAGCAAAAUUUGAAGCGAUCAAAAAUGGAGAAGGAGGUCUAGAAUGGAAUGGCGUUUUUGAUGAUUCUUCUGCUUUGCGACUGCCAUUAGAUCCAUUAGUGGCUGUUAAAACAGUUGAUCCAAGCAGCGUGACAAUAUUCUCGAGUAAUGCCAGGCCAAUGCGAUUGAGUUUUAUCACGAAGGACGAAAAAAAGUAUACAACGAUAUUUAAAAUCGGAGACGAUUUAAGACAAGACCAAUUGGUUAUACAAUUAAUUCACAAAAUGGAUAUGAUUCUUAAAGACAAUGGAAUGGAUUUGAAGUUAACCCCUUAUCGAGUUCUUGCCUGUGGUUCAGUGGAAGGAUUUUUGGAGUGUGUGACCCCAAGUAUGCCUUUUGAAAAAAUCAUAAAGACAAACACGAUCGAAGGUUGGUUACGAGAAGAGAACAAGCACAAGUCUCCUCAAGAACUCAAUGAGGUGUUUGACAACUUUAUGAAGAGUUGUGCUGGCUAUUGCGUCAUUACAUAUAUUUUAGGAGUUGGGGAUAGACAUUUGGACAAUAUUUUACUGACUCCAGAUGGAAAGUUAUUCCACAUUGAUUUUGGUUGGAUUCUUGGACAUGACCCAAAACCUUAUCCUCCACCAAUGAAAUUAAGUGCUGACAUGAUCUUGGGAAUGGGAGGUUCUAACAGCGAUCGUUACAAAAACUUUAUCAAGCUGUGUUGUAAUGCAUUUAACAUUUUGCGAGCAAAUUCGAGAAUAAUUCUCACCUUAUUGAUUCUCAUGGUGGACGCAAACAUUCCUCACAUUGAUUAUGGAGUUGCUUCUAACAGAGCCACAGGAGACCAAUUGACGAAUAUUUUAACUGUUCAACAACGAUUGUGUCUCGAUGUCAGUGAGGAAGAGGCCUUACAAUUUAUGAAAGGAAUUAUUGCAGAGAGUGAAAGGGCAUUCUUUGGAAAAGUGCACGAUCAUUUGCAUCGAUGGGCACAAUAUUGGAGAAAUUAG